AUGGGCCUUGAUACCAUUACACUAGCCUCGGGGCAUCAAAUGCCUCUUGUAGGCUUUGGAAUGUGGAAGGUCCCCGCUGACAAGGCUGCUGACAUCGUUUACAACGCUAUCAGAGAAGGAUACCGCCUCUUUGACGGGGCGUACGACUAUCAAAAUGAGAAGGAGGCGGGUGAAGGUAUCAGACGGGCCAUCAAGGACGGGCUCGUGAAACGCGACGAGAUAUUUGUAACCACGAAGCUGUGGAACAACUAUCACCAAAAGGAUCAUGCGUUACAAAUGGCCAAAGCACAGAACGAAGCAUGGGGUCUUGACUAUAUCGACUUGUACCUAAUUCACUUUCCUGUUGCGCUCAAGUACAUUGAACCAGAGAAAUUAAAAUAUCCUGCAUGGUGGAUGGAUGUAGAGCACAAGGUAAUUGAAACAGCUCCAAUACCACUCCAAGAAACAUGGCAGGCCCUCGAGGAAGUGGUCGACAUGGGUAUCGCUAAAUCCAUCGGCAUCUCAAAUGCGCAGGCCCAGACCUUGUAUGAUAUUCAAAGAUAUGCGCGACAUCCGAUCUCAUCGCUCCAGAUCGAGCAUCAUCCUUAUUUGGUUCAGCCCGAACUCGUGGAGCUUGCUCAGGAGGAGAAGAUUGCAAUCACAGCUUACUCGUCGUUCGGCCCGCAAAGCUUCUUGGAGCUGCCAACGGCAUUUCGAGCCAGGGCGAAAGACGUUUCUCUUCUCUUUGACGUGGAUGCUGUGAAAAAGGCGGCUGCGAGAGUGGGCCGAACACCUGCACAAGUUCUCUUACGGUGGGCAACUCAGAGAAAUAUUGCUGUGAUCCCAAAGUCGAACAAUUCCACUCGAUUGCAGCAAAACCUGGAAGUCGGAAGCGAUAGUUUCACGUUGACAAGUGAGGAAAUCGUGUCGAUCAGCGCACUCGACAAGGGAUUGCGGUUCAAUGAUCCAGGCUUCUAUCUGGACAAGCCGCUGCGGAUCUUUGCAUAG